AUGUUUGGUUUUAGCAUACAAAUUUUAUUUAUAGUUCUUCCCGGCGUCUUGGCCCUCUACGACUAUCAUCUAUUGCCGGAGACCCUCGAGCCACAACAUUAUGAUCUACGUAUUUUAACCCAUUUAAAUGACACCGCUCAAUAUUUCGAGGGAGUGGUAAAAAUUGAUUUAUGGGUACUUCAAACGACAAAGAAUAUAACUCUGCAUGCCAAGAACUUGACCAUAGAUAAAACUGGAAUUAGUGUGAAAUCGUCUAGAGAUAGCAAUUGCAUUGAAAAUGUAGAACUUUCUGAGAAGUAUGAAUUCUAUAUAAUGUAUUUAUGCAAAGAGCUAAAUGCAGGUGAGAAGUACAUAUUGGAAAUUCCCUUCAAAGGACAGUUGAAUGAAAGUCAAACGGGUUACUACAAAAGUUCCUACAAUGAUACAGAAAAUAAGUAUAAAACUCAUUACUUGGCAGUAACCCAAUUUUCACCUACAUUUGCUCGUCUGGCAUUUCCCUGCUUCGAUCAACCCAACUGGAAGGCAACGUUCAAUGUGACCUUCGGUUAUCAUAAGGAAUAUAAGGGUUUAAGUAACACUCCAGUGAGAAAAUGUGAAAAGCAUGAAUUUCUAGAGGAUUAUAUUUGGUGUUCCCAUGAGCAACUCUUACGGACUUCCACCUAUCUGGUAGCCUAUGCCAUACACAAUUUAACCAAUGCGGGAACUGUAACAAGUCUAACCCAUAAUCAAGUAGUCUUUCGCAAUUGGCUGCAGCCAAAGAUUGUUAAUCAAAGUGAUUUUUCUGUGGAAAUGGCACCCAAAAUUCUCAAAUACUUGGAAGAUUUUUUUCAAUUGAAUUUUCCCCUAAGCAAAAUUGAUCAGCUUAUCUCGCCAACUCAUAAAUUUAGAGCCAUGGAGAAUUGGGGCUUGGUUACAUACCAAGAGAAUGCAUUUGUCUUCAAUGAGGCUUACGAUUUGCAGGAGAAAAAGGAAACCAAUUGCAAUACCAUGGCCCAUGAGUUCAGCCAUCAAUGGUUUGGCAAUCUAGUGACUAUGAAAUGGUGGAAAGAUCUGUGGCUAAAAGAAGGACCUUCCACAUAUUUUGGCUACUUGGUUUUAGAUGCUUUGCAGCCUCAAUGGGAAUGGAGUGAUGGAAAAAUUACCAAGGAUUUGGCUUAUUUCUUUCGUCAUGAUGCCACCAACAUGACGCGACCUAUAUCACGUGAUGUCAAGAACUCUACCGAAGUGCUUGAUCAAUUUUCCAAGUAUGUCUAUGAGAAGGGAGCCCUAACUAUGCGAAUGUUGCACAAAAUAUUGGGCACUGAAAACUUCUUUGAGGGCAUAAGAAAUUAUUUGCAAAAAUAUGCCUAUCAGAAUGUUGAGCAAACGGAUCUUUUUAGUAGCCUUCAAGAGGUAGCCAAUGAGAAUAUCAAUUUGAAUGUUGUUAUGGAUUCUUGGACUCUACAAGAGGGUUAUCCAUUGAUCACGCUUAAACGUGACUACAAGAAGGGAGAAGUCAAAGUCAAUCAAAAGAGAUUCAUUCAGCAAAAUAAUCUACAAUUAGAGACACAAUGCUGGUGGGUUCCUCUCAGUUUUGUUAGUCAAAGUGAUCCAAAUUUCGAAGAUAUUCAACCCAAUCAUUGGCUAGAGUGUCCUAGCAAUGAGACAACUUUGAAAGUGGGUACUUCCAAGGAAUGGUUACUACUCAAUCCCCAAGUCUAUGCCAUUUAUCGUGUUAAUUAUGAUGAACAUAAUUGGAAAAUGCUUAUUAAUACUCUACAAAAUGAAGUUGAUUAUGGCGGCAUACCAAAAAUAAAUAGAGUUCAGUUAAUGGAUGAUCUCUUAGCCUUGGCUGCUCUAGGUGAACAGAGUUAUGAUCUGGUAUUCGAAUUGUUUGAGUAUUUGAAACUCGAAAGGGACUAUUUGCCCUGCGAGAGGGGUAUUACUUUACUACAACAAUAUGGUAGCUUACUCAAGGAUCAGGCAGCAGAGGACUUUAAUCUUUAUUUGAAACAACAAUUGACACCACAUUAUAGACGUUUACCCAAACUGAAAUUGAUUGAUAGCAUCGAGAUACCCGUCAAUGAGAUUGCCUUUAGGCGUUUCAUUUAUACCCAGUCUUGUCUCUACAAUGUCGAUGAUUGUGUCUCUCAGGCUGUGAUGCUUAAUACCAAUGAUUCAAGCAUAUCAGUGCCAGCAAACUUUCGCCAGUUGGUCUAUUGUAUAGCCAUAGAGAAAGGAACUACGUGGGAUUUUCAACAAAUGAUGAAACUUUUCAAGAAUUCACCUACACCAGCACAACAAAGCGCCUUUGCUUCGGGUUUGGGUUGCUCAAGUAACUUUUCACAGCUGAAAGAGUUCUUGGACUAUGCCAUACAUUCAGACACCAAGAGCAUCAGCGAUUGUUAUAUUCAGGCAGUAACAGCGGCUUUGAAACGUGACAAUGUGGCCAGGGAGACCAAGCAACAUAUAUUUGAUCAUGCUGAAAUGUUGAAUAAAAAAUUCAAGAGAAAGGAUUUAGAACCCAUUUUGAUGCACAUGGUUAAGGAACUAACAACUCCAGAGGAGCUAAGUGAACUGAAAGAACAUUUAAAGGACUUGAGCCAAUUUAAAGAGCCUGUAAAAAAAGUUUUAGAAUUAGUUGAAACCAAUUUAUUAUGGUUAAGACAAUAUUCCGUACAAUUUCGGGCAGUUUUACUUAAAAGGAUUUAUUAAUAAAAGCACGAAUUUCUAACCUUA